AUUUAUCUUCCCAACCCCCUCUUUUCCCUCUAUUCCUUUACCUUAUUGGCCUCUACCCACUAGUACCAUCCUAUAGUAGUAUUACUAUGUACCAGCCAUUAAAUUUCCAUACUAAUGCUAGUGGUUCUUUCUCUCUUUUCUUCUUUAAUUUUCGAUUUUGGCAUUUAGCCCACUAAAAACCAACACCUUUCUAACCUCUAAGUGUUAGUAUUAGCCAUUGUAGCUUUUCCUUUGGUUGUUAUAGGCAUCUCUAGCAGCUAAAAGCAUAGAUGCUCCAUACCAUCAUAACAAUUGUAACCAAAUAAUAAGGGGGAGAGUGGGAGGAGGAAUUGAAUUGAUGGAGAGGGAAACCAACCAAGAUGAUCAAAAUCCGUCACACACGAAACUCGAGCCAUCACCCCGGAAACAACUUCUGGUUAGCAGUGGUGGCGGUGGUGAUCGUUUGAAGCGAGACGAGUGGAGCGAAGGGGCGGUGUCGAGUUUGCUUGAAGCCUAUGAAUCAAAGUGGAUUCUAAGGAACAGGGCUAAGCUAAAAGGCCAAGAUUGGGAGGAUGUAGCAAAGCAUGUAUCAUGUCGUUUUAACAACACUAAGUCACCCAAGACACAAACUCAAUGCAAGAACAAGAUUGAGUCCAUGAAAAAGAGGUAUAGAUCAGAGUCUGCUACUGCUGAUACAUCAUCAUGGCCGCUUUUUUCAAGGCUAGAUAACCUGCUGCGUGGGACUGGAGGAAGUACUAGUGCUCUGCCACCUGCUCAAUCAUCACCUAUGAAGGCCAUUGCUGUGGCAAGUAAUCCAAGUUUGGUAUUGGAAUCGGGUUCAGUGGCGCAACCAUUGCCUCCACCAGUACCACCACCGGCUUUGUCGCCUCGACAAAAUUCUCCUCCGGUUGAGCUUGCACAAAACUCUCAUGAGUCUAAUGGUGUGGAACCUAUGAUUAAGGAAGAUGACGGAGUAACAGCAAAAGUUUCUGACCAGGUUUCGGACAAAAACCAUAAUGAUGAUCACAUAGAAACAGACAGCAGUACUCCUGCUCUGUAUAGUGAUGAUAAAGAUGGACCGAAAUUCAAGAAGACGAUGAAGAUGAAGAGGAAAAAGAGAAGGCGAGAAGACAGUAAUAGUUGGGACGAUGUAGCAGACAGCAUCCGAUGGCUGGCAGAAGCGGUGGUACGAUCAGAGCAAGUGAGGAUGGAUACCAUGAGAGAGUUGGAAAGAAUUAGAGUGGAAGCAGAAACUAAAAGAGGAGAAAUGGAUCUUAAAAGAACAGAGAUUAUUGCAAAUACUCAGCUGGAAAUUGCUAGGCUUUUUGCCUCAACUGCUGGGAAAAAUGUUGAUUCUUCAUUGCGGAUUGGGAGAAGUUAAUACCUCUAGGUUCUAGGUAAUGUGUAAGUAUGCUGAACUGAGAAACUUACCAUUGUUGUUCCUAGCAAUUAGAAUUAUAUUAGAUAUCCUUGAUGAACAAGGUCUGCAAUCACUCACCAGUCACCAAUGCUCAUAUUUUUCAGCUACCUUAGUUAGUAGAGUCGUGUAGGGGAGAAUUUCACUCUUAAGUGAUGCAUUUAUAUUUUUCUCCCCAACAACCUGUACCUAACUACACCUGAGAAAGGUCAAGCAUAUAACAAAUGUUGGCAUAUAAGUCCCAACCCAUGAAGAAAAUAAUCCAGUAUAUGAUUAAUAUAUGCAUAUCUGUGAUUCGAUCUAGAUCUUGUGUUAUCUUGUCAAUUUAUGAUUACUUAUUUCUCAAUCUAUUAUAGAUUAAGUUUGUGUUA